UAACAUCCCUCCGUGGAUCCCUCAGUCUCGUUUACUCCUCUCCCCUCUGAGCCCCUCGUACCUCGGGAUUAUUUCCUCCUGUCGGACCUCUGCUCUCUGCCUCUCGAGAUGAGGGAGGAUCAUGUUCUGCGGUGCGUCCUGAUGCUCUGCUGCGCUCUCCUCUCCGCCAGCGCCAGCAACUGGCUGUACCUGGCAAAGCUGUCAUCAGUGGGAAGCAUCAGGGACGAGGAGACAUGCGAAAGGUUACGAGGCCUCAUCCAAAGACAGGUCCAGAUCUGUAAACGCAGUGUUGAGGUGAUGGAUGCAGUUCGCCGUGGAGCGCAGUUGGCUAUAGACGAGUGUCAGUUCCAGUUUCGCAAUCGUCGGUGGAACUGCUCCACUCUGGAAACCAUGCCGGUGUUUGGCAAAGUAGUGACCCAAGGCACCCGAGAGGCAGCCUUUGUGUAUGCCAUCUCAGCAGCCAGUGUGGCAUUUGCGGUCACAAGGGCCUGCAGCAGCGGAGAGCUGGAAAAAUGUGGCUGUGACCACAAUGUACAUGGAGUCAGUCCAGAGGGUUUCCAGUGGUCAGGCUGCAGUGACAACAUUGCAUAUGGAGUGGCCUUCUCUCAGUCUUUUGUGGAUGUGAGAGAAAGGGGUAAAGGCCAGGCCUCCAGCCGCGCUCUCAUGAACCUGCACAACAACGAAGCCGGGAGAAAGGCCAUCCUGUCCCACAUGCGAGUGGAGUGUAAAUGCCAUGGUGUGUCAGGUUCAUGUGAGGUGAAGACCUGCUGGAAAGCCAUGCCACCAUUCCGCAAGGUGGGCAACAUCAUCAAGGAAAAGUUUGACGGGGCCACAGAGGUGGAGCAGCACAAGGUGGGCUCCACUAAAGUUCUGGUGCCUCGCAAUUCCCAGUUCAAACCUCACACAGACGAAGAUCUGGUCUACCUGGAGCCCAGUCCAGAUUUCUGUGACUUUGAUCCACGUACGCCGGGUAUGCUGGGCACUGUGGGACGCCAGUGUAACAGAACAUCAAAGGCUAUUGAUGGCUGUGAGCUGAUGUGUUGCGGACGUGGCUUCCAGACACAGGAAGUCGAGGUGGUGGACAGGUGUAGUUGUAAGUUUCACUGGUGCUGUUAUGUGAAAUGCAAACAGUGCCGCAAAAUGGUGGAGAUUCAUACUUGCCGAUGAUGCAAGAGGGCCAGAGGGCACUGCUGACGGACACAAAAGAAAUGCCCUAUACUCUUCAGUGUCGGCCCAGAGGGAACAAUAACGUUUGUGAAGCUCCCUCUUCUCCUGCUUCAAAAUCAUCCCACCCUUCUACAGCAGCAAUGCGCAAAGAGACUAUCAGGUCAAGCAUCAUCAUACAAAUAUAUUCUGCUGUAGUAAUGGCUGUUCCCAGCAAAGCAAUAGAGUCUGUUUUUUUUUUUACAUAUUUUCACUUUUUGUUUCCCUCACGCUCAAAUUCGGUUUGUCACUGAUGCCUUUUUAUUUUUAUAUUGUUUAACUUAUUUGUUGAGACUGAGGAGAUUGACAGAGGGUGGACACAGAAGGAGACAAGUUGGGACAAUAAGUGACACAUUUGGAGCUGCAACUGGGCAGCUGAGGGUGAAGUUGGGAUUAGAGUCAGAUGUGGAGCCACCUGCCCGGUGUGCUUGAUGCUGCUGCUGCUUUCAGGACUCAUUUGUAGAGCUGGAUGUCAUAAAGGGAGUCGGCGAGUCUGUCAGAGGAUGCACUCGGAUGACACACAGAAACAUAGACAUGGCUCUUCUGUGGUUUGCUCAAUGUGCUGUAGUAAACCUCAGCUAGCCAUGAAUCCUUAACAUUGCCCACUAAAUUGCCCUGAUGUAGACAUGCCCACUAGGGUCUUCUUCCUACAAGGAGGAUGAAGAUCAUAAUAAUGAUAAUGGAGAGGAAAAAGCCACUUUCAUCUCCUUCUGUUCUGUUUCUUGGCCCAGGCAGGUGAUAGGUAACCCACAUAUCUAAUAUACAUACACAGCAGGGGUGUAAUGAGACGUCAUGCCAAGAGAUCUUACAAUACUAAAACACAACAAUAUUUUUCUUUUGAGUAAAGUCUGUGUCAUAAGGCGGCAUGCAACUGCUGACUUUAUCUGGUAAAAUAAGGGGCAGGCUUCAGAAUGGGUUCUGGAUAUGAUGGCGGACCAGAUGGUGGAUAAGAUGAAUAAGAUGAUGGAUCACCAUUACCUAUAUUUGAGGCGCUUUUCUGAAGUAAGACAGGAAAUUCUUCUUGAGCUUCAUUUUGUUGACAGAAAAAAAAGAUUUGUGAAAUGGGUGGCUCAUAACACUGUUAAACGGUCACGGAAGCCUGCCUUAAAUCUUUCUCCUGGCAUCUGUUCAGGUGUUGGAAACAAACAGUGACACAGAAGUAGACGAGAUACAAAUGAUUUAUUGGCACAGUGAGAGCACUGUGAUUGGCUAGCACUUACAACACAAACGUUAGUAUAUGUUUUUGAGUUUCCUAUAAAUAGUUCCGAUCCAUAGUUCCCACAAGUGAUCCACGCUCCUAAACUGCCAUGUUGGUAGACAAGCGCAGCUCUAGGCAACCACAAUCAUCAUGGCUUCCAGGCAAACAAAAAGAAAGUAUAGUAAUACUCUUGAUCAAUGUGCAACAAAAUGAUACGCUGCUGUUGGGAUGAGGUAGAGAACAAACAACUGUCAGACGGCGCGGACAAAUAUAGUUAAUUAUUUAGUGAACACCCAAUUGAGGAGCUUCACAGCCUGAAAUCCAUGAACGCAUACAACCAGUGUUAUAUGGGCUUAGCUAAGGACGUCCGAACUCUUCCUGUUAAUAACACGGUUCUGGUGACUGGCAGAGUGAGUAAUUACAAUAACACACAUACAUGUCCCUGCUAGCUGCAGAUACAGGCUACAGUAGCUAAGCUCAUUUGGCUAGUGCUGCAGUAAAUAUCACAGAUAUUCCCCUCAGUAUAGUAUACUCAUUGUGUAUGUAUAUAUAAACCUAGGGCUAGAACCCAGGACACUGCUGUGAGGCGACAGUAUAAAGCAGAGGAGCGAGAGUUCACCGUGGGGAAGUUUAGCAUAGCAUAGCUAAAGUAACCACAGCAGAGACGCAUUAAAUCAUGAAGAAAAUAGUUACCGUGAUAAAGGGGCUCGGGGCAGAAUCUUGUAAUCCAGACUCGCUAAUGCUCAGCACUCAACUCCUCCAUUUGCAGUCCUUGGUAUUUUCUGAUUUUUGGGAUGUAGUGAAAACUGCGCUUAACCGAACCGCCUGCUCGGUUAGAACAUCCUUUCACCCAAUAUGAAAUAACUAUUGCAAGCUUUGUAAACAAAUUAAAAUAAAUACUCCUCUGUUGUCAAACUCACUCUACCGUUUCUAAAGCAAUUCUACCUACCAACAUGGCAGUUAGUGGUGAUAUGUGACGUUACGUGAAAACAAUGUAUAAGCGUUAAACUAAAGUCACGUUAAACCGCGUCGUAAGAAAAUCUCUUGCUAUGAGCUUAAAUACAUGCUCUAGUUGUUUAGUGUGACAGAUGGACAAAAUACUUAUUAACACUCUCCUUACGAAAGACGGCUUGCAACAAAUUUUAAAUAGUGUCAGAAAGUUUCUGGGAACACUGUGUAGUGGGACUGAUGCUCCGAACAGCAUCUACGACAAACAUAAACCAAUAACUUGCUGUCUAGUUAAUGUUAGAUAGUCUGAAGUGAAUAUAAAUCUUGUUCCUUUCUAGCAAACCAAAUAUUAAGCGUCAUCUUGUCUCCUGAUCUGACUAUAUCAUUACACCCCUAAUACACGGCAAACUAUGCUGCUAAAAAACGCCCACAUUCAGCCACAGCUGUCCAGGACACCUGAAACAUUCAGUCAAAACAGUUACCAGAACAGAUUUCUAAUGAUUGAUUAUGAAUAUCUUUUUGUGCUCUUUCAGAGUGAUGUUGAUAUUAGUCGCCAUGUGUCCAAUGUUAAGUUUGCUUCAUACAAACAUGAGUAACAUGCAUGUACCAGACAACUCUCCAAAGACAAACACGUAUUCACACACAAAGGGGUCUUCUAGAGGUCUGCCGAGCAUGUUCGCCAUGCAUAAUGACUGAAGCACUUUCUCUCCAAGCGCACAUAGAACCCUUGGCACACAGCAACAAGGAUCCAACAGAAUAUUCGCUUUUCCCUGUACGUCUAUCGUGCUCACAAAGAUACAAAACCCACACACAUAUACUUCUUAUAAAUACAAAGUAAGGACCUUGCCUUGCCUUUCAUUCAUUUCCAGUCCUUUUCUAGGGCCUAACACUGACCCAAACUUAACACCAUAGGCCUAAAUCUAUCCCCUAGCCCCCAAAAGAGUGAGGACCAGAAAAAGGCCCUCACUUUUCAUCAAAGUCCUCACUUUACUAGUAAAAUGCGCAAAACUUUUCUCACUCAGCUGAAAGUACAAGUGUAUACACACACCUCUCUCUCUCUCUCUCACACACACACACACACACACACACACACACACACACACACACACACACACACACACACACACACACACACAAAGUUUGCAAUGCCACUGUCAGGACUUCCUGUAACACCACCCUAAAGCCAAGCUUCCCUAUGAUGUGUUAUUAUAUAUGAUAUUAUAAAGACAAACUGUCAAUCUGUAAAGACACUGAAGAAGACCAUACUGCCUAUGAAUGUAUGCUGAUAAUGAAAUAUGAUGUUUUAAAGUUCAGUGUUGUCAUUUUUUAAAUAAAACAAAGACUAUAUGGUAUUUGUAUGUGUGUGAAUGAGAAAUAAUAUUAAAUACCUUUCAGAGAAAAAGUGGAAGAAGAGAGAAAACAGUGGAAUGAGAAACAUGAGAGAUCUUAUUUCACCACAACACACAUACACACACUACAGACAUUCACAUAUUUCAAUAAAAUCGUCCAUUUCCCGUG